AUGGCCGCGGCACGACCGUUCAUUGACUAUCCUGUGCCUAAAGAAGGCGACGACCUCACUUAUGUCUUCCCUAAUGACAAGAACCCGGCAGUGCGCGGUCUGCCGCUGGUCCUUGUGGCCGGCCUAGUGACCCGUUCCGGUUAUCUCAACCGCUUUCUGUGGCAUAACACUGGUUUCGGGCGUGUCAAGGACAUUCCUGGCCUGGACAAAGAGCUCGUGACAUUUAGACCUCGGGUUAUUCCCACUGCAGUGCCCGGCCAGGAUGCUACUGCGCAGACCAUCCUGCCUUUUGGCCCCGACAUUCUGGAGCCCCAGCACACGGAGCACGAUGUGCGCUACUACUCAGCUGCCGACUACAACGCACUCUACAAGUCCGGCACCCUGUCGCCUGUUGAUGUCGUCGAGGCCCUCCUGCCACUGGUUCAGCGUGGCAAGGGCUCCAUCUAUGAGAAGGCGUUUCUGGUGACCAAGGUCGACGAAGUGCGCGCAGCAGCUCGGGCGUCUGCGGCGCGAUGGGCGGCCGGCUCACCGCUGGGCUUGCUGGACGGCGUGCCUGUCACGGUCAAGUGCGACAUAGACGUCGAGGGCUACGUCACGACAGCCGGCAUCAACCCGCGCCUGGAAGACGAUGCCUUUGGCAAGCGAUACCCACGCCUGCGCGAACCGUCCAAGAAGACGGAAUGGACGGUGCAGAAGCUGCUCGAAGCCGGCGCUCUGCUCGUGGCCCAGAACAACAUGCACGAGCUCGGCAUGGACACUACCGGCUGUAAUCCCCGCAAUGGCACGCCCGUGAACUGGUACAACACAACAUAUUACCCCGGCGGAUCAUCGUCUGGAGGCGCGUCCUGUCUCGGUGCAGGUAUCGUGCCCAUCGCGAUCGGCACUGACUCGGGCGGCAGUGUGCGCAUUCCGCCCAGCUUCAACGGCGUGUUCGGCCUCAAGCCCACGCACGACCGCACCGUUGUCAUGGACUCGAGCAUGUGCAUCCAGGGUCCCAUGGCCGCCACCGUCAGCGAUCUCAAGGCCGCGUACCGCACCAUUUCGCAGCCCAACCCCGACGACCCCGUGACUGGCAAGUUUGCCAUAUCGCUCCCGCCCGCGACCAACGCGCGCCGCGUCAUCGGCGUACCGCGGGAGUGGGUGGCGCGCGCCGACCCCGUCGUGCUCGAGCACUUUAACCGCGUCGUGGACCACUGCCGUGACGCGCUCGGCUACGAGAUUGUCGACAUCCAGAUCCCGCUGCUCAGCCAGGGCCAGGCCGCACACGGGCCCUCGUGCCUGCUGGAGUCGCUCGACAAGGUGCGCGACCGCGCCGCGCCCAACCGCGACGACUGGGCCGGCAUGCUCAACGCACAGAACCGCAUCCUGCUCACCAUCGUCCAGCACGCGUCCGCCGUCGACCUGCUCAAGUUCAACCAGCUGCGCACCGUGCUCAUGCGUCACAUGGCCUACCUGUUUACCGAGAAGCACCCGGGGAUGAUUGUGCUUACGCCGACGACGCCCAUGGCGGGAUGGAAGAAGCUGCCCGGCGACGACGUCUACGGCUUCAUGGACGGCAACAUGACGCUGCACUGCAUGUUGUACGUCUGGCUGUCCAACACGACGGGCUGCCCAUCCGUGUCGUGCCCCAUGGGCUACGCGGAGCCCGAGCAGGGCGAGGGCCGCGUACCGAUGGGCGUGCUGGCGAUGGGCGAAUGGGGUGCCGAGGAGCAGCUGCUCGGCUGGGCGGCUGAGGCGGAGUUGUACCUGCACAACACAUACCCAGGCGGACGCAUCCGACCGGCGAAGUGGAUGGAUGUGAUCGCGCGGGCCAAGGAGCACAAGGCCAGCGCGGCGGCAACCGGAAAGGCCAGCGAUGCCAGCGAAGAGUGA